UUUCUCUCUCUGCCUGUCGGCCUGCCUGUACUGUUUCACGCUGCUUAUAUUUUACUGAAGACCCUGAAUAAGUCUUCUUUCUUGGGUAGCAUAACUUUACCAGCGUACCCAGUGUAUCCCAAUUUAGUAUAAGAGGAAACCAUUUUUCUAUGCUGUACUUUUUUCUUUUGGUAUGUCUUUAAGACUUGAGAGAGUUAAUUAGAAACCAAUACUUUAGCAUAAGUUGUAUCUAGAAAAUAUGCUAAAUCAUUGCAUUUUGGUUUGACUGUGACUUCUAUGAGUAAAAUUGAGACCAGUGGUCUUUCCUGAGAAUAGCAGUAAAAAGCAACUGAGUUGUCCUAGAAACUGGGCAGUAGGAAACUCUGUCUAUGUGUCUUUGAGCCCAAUUGUUGUAUACACUGAUGCCAAAGGAUCCUCUGGAGGGAUCAAGAUUGUUAGUCAGGGCAUUUGGGGAAUUCUUUUUUCUUAUAUAGAGAAGUAAAUGGAUUACAGCAGCCAGUAUUUUUCAUUGGAAUACUUAAAGGUAAAAGUUUAAAGUAUAAUUUCUCUUGUUCAGUAUAUAUUUUUUUAUUAGUUUUAUGGCCCCUGGCUAUCAUCUUUUCCACUACACAUUUUGAACAAAUACAGACCCCAUUGAAUCUGUGUUCUGUAGUAUUUGAGACACUCUUGUAUGUUAAAUUCGUCUUUCCAAAUUCUGAGAUAUUUUGCCCAUGCUAGCUCUAAUUUAGUUGCGUUUUAUUUUUUACAUGUGUGAAUGGAUGUGAGUGUAGGGGUGGUGGCAGUAUCAAGGGCCAAGACGAGAUCUGCAGCUGUAUACACCGUUUUCUCUUGCUUUACCUACCAAGCUCAUAACUUUUCCAGGCAAGCCGGACAGAGGGCUCUUUGCAGAACAUUUUCUGAUGGGUGCUGUAGAUACAGUGGUGGUAGGAGGGGCACUUUUCAUCUUAAAUGAGCUUUGGAUACCUGAGCCCUCCUAUGACAGUAUUCCAGAGAGCGAUAUAUUCCAGUCCUUCCUGCUUCCCAUCUGGCCAGUAAUUGGAUUUGUUCUGCUGUUGACCUCAUGGCCUUAGGAAGACAGGCCUUGUUCCAGAAGUUUAAACAAUUAACUCAGUGUAACUAUUGUGAAGUUUAAAUGCAGUUCCUCUAAUUUGACCAUAUAACUCAGAGUUUUUGCUGGGAAGCAGAGUUGGUUAAGGACUGCCAUCCAAAUGGGGAAAUAAAGUGAUUACAACAGCUUUAUUAUAUGCUUGAAGGGCAUGUCACAAGACUAUAUUGCAGCACAGCUUGAAGGAAACUGGAGUGUAUUUGUCCUUGGAGAACAUUUUUGGCUCGUUUUAAAGCACUACCUCUGUUACAUGGAGAAUGCUGGAGAACCAGACUCCUGGAGCAGUUUGUCCUAUGAAAUACCCUACGAAGACUGUUCUGUGAGGCAUCAUCGAGAGCGGGACAUCUAUACGUUAACCUCUGAGUCUGAAUCACAUCAUGAACCCCCAUUUCCUGGAGACACUUGCACUGGACACAUUUUUAAACUUAGGAACAUCCAACAGCAGUUGAUGAAAACAAACCUCAAGCAGAUGGACAGUCUUAUGCCCUUAAUGGUUACAGCACAGGAUCCCUCAAGUCUUCCCAGCACCCCAGAUAUAGAUGGCCAGUUCCCGCCCUGUGCAUCAGAGCCCAUGGACAGCCUGCAACCUUCUUUUCCUCCUAAAGAUACAGGUAGUACUCCAUGCUGCCAAGGGAGCUCUGCCAAGGGGCAGAUUGAGAGUUCCUGUGAUUUGUCAAGUGUAGUUAAGGAAGAGAACACAGAUUGUUCCUGUAAGGAAGAAAAUCAAGGCAUGGAGAGAAAAGGGGAAGAGGUGGAGCCAGCCCCCACUGUGGACUCUGGAACUGUGUCUGAUCAAGACAGCUGCCUUCAGAGCAUGCCUGACUGUGGCAAAAAGGACACGAAAGGCUUUCCCUCCUGUGGAAACAGCAAUGAAGAAACGGGAACAAAUCCUUUUGGGAUGACUGCAGACCAAGAGUCUCUGGGCAGUAGAGACAACGUCCUGCAGGGAGAUCUGGCUGCAGAGCCAGGCACAGCCCAGCAUGUCUCUGGAGGUGAGCUGGCCGUUAUUUCAACAACAGAUGUCAGUGUCCCAGAUACUGCAGGGGAAAUGGAACAUGGUCUCAUGAACCCAGAUACCACUUUCCAGAAGAAUGUGCUCGAAGUAGAGAAAAGUACAAAGGAAGGAGUCGAGAACUUUCGUAUCAACACAGCUGGAGCCUCUGACGUAAAAGUCACCAGUAAGCCUGUGGAUAAAACCAGUGUUCCAAACUGUGUCUCUGCCACCAGUUCCCUGGAUGGUAAUGAACCUGCCGAGUCUUUACUUGCCUUUAGUAAUGGAGAAACCUCUGCCGAAGGAACUACAGAAACGGAAACUUCAAGUAGAGGUUAUAAAGAGGGUGCUGAUGUUCCCGUAGAUCAGAACUCCCUGGUAAUUCCAGCUGCUGCAAAAGACAAGAUACUAGAUGGGUCAGAACCUGGCACUCCCUCAGCAAGCAUAUGUGAGGCAGUGUCAGCCUCCGAUUUAACUUUUCCCGGGCCAGAAAAAGAUUUAAUAUCAAACUGGAAAUCAGAAACUAAUUCAUCUCAUGUUCAAAGUCAGAGCAGCAAGUCACCCAUCUGUUCUACAACUGGAGAUGAUAAACUUUGUGCUGAUUCUGUAGGUCAACAGAACACAGUGACUCCUAGUGGCGAGCUGGUGGCAAAACAUUGUGAUGACAUAGUUGCCCAGCCUGAAAGCAUCAUAGCAGGGCAGCCCAUCACACAAGGUUCACCCCCCGUGGUCCUCUCUGAAGCCCCACAGGCUAACACAGUCAUCUCUGACCGUGUACAGGAUACCCAGGAACAUGUGGGUCUUUGUCCUCCUGAAGAUACAGAUAAAGGGGGCCAAGGAGAAGAUUUGAAUCUAGAUACAGCUUUAACUAACAUGCACGAAGCAGCUUCUCAUCCACAGCCACUUGUCCCCAAAGCUGAGAAAGAAGUGGUGCCAGACCAGGCAGUGACAUCAGACAGCACUUUUUCUCCAGCAAGCAGGCCAGGCAGUGACUCAGUAACCAAAGAUGACGCACUUUCUCCUGUCCCCUCCCAGGAAAAAAAAGGAACGGCAGCUCCUGAACUACAUGAGGCUACAGAUGGCAGAGAUGACCCAGGCGGAGGUUCGAGUGAUCCCAGUGAGCAGCCACUAGAAGACAGUGCAGCCGGCCUUACCACAUCCCUUUCUGCUACAGAUCUCCAGCCCAGUAUGGGGAAUACCAGCCCUGUGGGACUUGGCGGGCAGCACGAAGGUCCCUGUCCCCCAGCAGCCCCAGAAGUUCUGAGUAUCAAGGGAUUGGGCACUGGUUCUUCCCUACUAAGUGUGAGUAAGGCCUCUUUGGCCACUGAGUCAGUUUUGACUAGAGAAGGAAAAAAUCUAGUGGUUCCAGAAAGCUCUUCAGCUCAGGGACAAGAUGACAAGGACAAAGCAGUGAUUUGCGCCUUCAUCAAGGAAGACACUCUUUCUUCAGGAGCCUCACAGGAAGAGCAGAGAACACCACCUCCUGGACAGGAAGCACUGGGAUUCCGUGAAGAACCUAGUUCAGCUGCCUGUGCUGAGGGCAAUGCACUUCAGCACAGUGAUUCACUGGGCACACCCUCUGCCUUUCUUAAUGCAGAAACUGAGCAUAACAAGAAAGUGGCCCCACGAGGAUCACUGCUGACUGAAGGUGGGGCUGCACAGAGCUUGGUGCCACCAGGAGCAAGUCUGAGUGUAGAUUCCAGGCAGGAAGCCUUGGGCCCAGAGCAGAGCAGCCCACCUCUGUUGCCAGGUCAGGAUGUUGGAGUGAAGAACACUCAAACCCAGGGAAAAACUGCUGCUUGUGAGGUGAGCAGAAAUGUGACAUUGGAUGUUGCCUUGGUUAGUGCUCAGCAAGAUACUUUUGGGGCCAGAAGGAAGGAUAUAUCACACAACACCCAAGACAUCCCUAUUUCAAAAGUCUUGUUGAGCCAGGAGCAAAAUACAAUCUUGGGUUUGCCAGGAGCUUUACCAGACCAAGGUGUGACUGACCUACAGGUAGCUACAACCCUAGAGGUGCUACCACUUGACUGGGAGAAAGGGAAGCUUGAGGGAGUAGACCAUAGCUGUAUUGUGGGCAACUCCAGGGAGACACAGAUGGACAAGGAAGCAGACCAAGUCCUGCUGCAGCCUAUUGCCAAGGAGCUCCCUGCAGAGACAGGGCUCUUAACCACUGAAAACAGGGCCCCACCUGGCAUGAAGGAAGCCAGGCAAGCUGCAGCCCUGCACAAGGAAAGCAGUAUUCCCACUCUGUCUAGCACUGUGUCUGCCAAAGCUGUGGACCUGCCUAAGGGAGCAGACUUGAUAGAGGAGGCUGCAAGUCGGAUAGUGGAUGCUGUCAUAGAACACGUCAAGGCCUCAGGAGCACUGAUUACUGACAAGGAAAUCAGUCACAUUCCAUCACCCAGUCCUUCUGAGUCAGGUCCUGUGGCUGAACAACUAGAGAAUGUUUCUACUGAGAAAAUGAAUGCUUUCCUGCCAGGGGAGACCCCACAAAUGGUCAGCGUUCGUGGAGAAGCCACUGUGAACGUUGCAGUAUGUUUUGCCGGAAAGGAAGAGCCAGAGGAAAGUGUUCUGCCUGUCCAAGGACCUGAGCCGGCAACAGAAAUGCCAGGCACGAAAGCUGAAGAUGAAGUGGAUUUUCUGAGUAAUUCCAAAGAGAGUUCAGUUUCUGAAGUGGUGGCCAUAGGGCACAUAACUGCACCUAUGAUGAAACAAAGCCCGAAGACCCAGGUGAUAAACCAAGAAAGCUGGUGUACCAUAGAACCAUGCCCUGAAGCAGCAUCUCUUUUGGCUCCCAAGCAGAGCCCAGAAUGUGAUGAAAACUUCCUCCAUGUUGGACUGGGCAGAGAGUGUGCCUCGUCACAAGGUGGACUUAACAGACAGUCUGGGAGUGAUUCUGACCUCUUUCACUCGCCCAGUGAUGAAACGGAAAGCAUCGUCUUCUCAAAGCCCGAGGAAGAGCAGUUAGUAUGUGAUACCACUGGAUCCAGUUCUUCCACCGAUGACACAGCUUCCCUGGAUCGACAUUCUUCCCAUGGCAGUGAUGUGUCCCUCCCCCAGAUUUCAAAUUUGAACAAGUCCAAGGAUCCACAAAGCCUUAAUGGCUUCUACAGCCAUGGGAUGGGAGCUGAGAGGCGAGAGAGUGAGAGUGAGCCUGCUGGUUCAGGUGAAAUGGAAGAGGAGGAGAUGGACAGCAUCACUGAGGUGCCUGCAAACUGCUCUGUCCUGAGGGGCUCUAUGCGCUCUCUGUCCCCUUUCCGGAGACACAGCUGGGGUCCUGGGAAAAAUGCAGCCAGCGAUGCAGAAAUGAACCAACGGAGUUCAAUGCGAGUUCUUGGGGAUGUUGUCAGGAGACGUCCCAUUCAUAGGAGAAGUAUGAGCUGGUGUCCUUCUGGUGUGCAAUACUCUGCUGCCCUGAGUGCUGACUUUACUUGCAGAAGUUUCAGUCUCGAAGGCUUGACAGGAGGAGCUGGUGUCAGAAACAAGCCUUCCUCAUCUCUAGAAGCAAACUCUGCAAACACCAAAGAGCUCAGGCAUCCCUUCACUGGUGAGGAGCGGGGCGGCUCUUUGGUGUCACUUUCAGAAGAGGAUCUGGAGUCGGGCCAGAGAGAACAUAGGAUGUUUGAGCAGCAGAGUCACAGAUCUAAACAACAGGGAUUUAAUUACUGUACCUCAGCCAUUUCUUCUCCACUGACAAAGUCCAUCUCAUUAAUGGCAAUCAGCCAUCCUGCAUCGGACAAUUCACGACUGUUCCACAACACCAGCGCUAAUCUGGCUGAAAGUAUAACAGAAGAGAACUAUGAUAUCCCGCCACAAAGCCCUUCCAAGAAAGAUUUUGAAGGAAAGAGUGGAACAAAAGUCAGCCGCACAUUCAGCUACAUCAAGAAUAAAAUGUCCAGCAGUAAGAAGAACAAAGAAAAGGAAAAAGAGAAAGAGAAAAUUAAGGAGAAAGAGAAAGAUUAUAAAGAGAAGGACAAGGACAAGAAGACUCUUAAUGGCCACACCUUCGGUUCCAUUCCUGUUGUGGGUCCCAUCAACUGUAGCCAGUGUAUGAAGCCUUUCACCAACAGAGAUGCCUACACUUGUGCAAAUUGUGGCGCUUUUGUCCACAAAGGCUGUAGAGAAAGUCUGGCCUCCUGUGCAAAAGUCAAAAUGAAGCAGCCCAAAGGGAGCCUUCAGGCACAUGACACGUCAUCUCUACCCACAGUCAUUAUGAGAAACAAGCCUUCACAGCCCAAGGAGCGCCCUCGGUCAGCAGUCCUCCUGGCUGAUGAAACCACUGCCGCCCCAGUGUUUGCUAACAGGCGGUCCCAGCAGAGUGUCUCACUUUCCAAAAGUGUCUCCAUACAGAACAUCGCUGGAGUUGGCAAUGAUGAGAGCAUGUCAAACACCUGGAAAUUCCUGUCUCAUUCAACAGACUCACUAAAUAAAAUCAGCAAGGUCAACGAGUCGACAGAGUCACUGACUGAUGAGGGAGUAGGUACAGACAUGAAUGAAGGACAACUAAUGGGAGACUUUGAGAUUGAGUCCAAACAGCUAGAAGCAGAGUCCUGGAGUCGAAUAGUGGACAGCAAGUUCCUGAAACAGCAAAAGAAAGAUGUGAUCAAACGGCAAGAAGUGAUUUAUGAGUUGAUGCAGACGGAGUUACAUCACGUCCGCACACUCAAGAUCAUGAGCGAUGUGUAUAGCCGGGGGAUGAUGACGGAUCUGCUCUUUGAGCAGCAAAUGGUGGAGAAGCUGUUCCCCUGUUUGGAUGAGCUCAUCAGUAUCCAUAGCCAGUUCUUCCAGAGGAUCCUGGAGCGGAAGAAGGAGUCUCUGGUGGAAAAAAGCGAAAAGAACUUUCUCAUCAGGAGAAUGGGCGAUGUGCUUGUCAACCAGUUUUCAGGUGAGAAUGCAGAACGCUUAAAGAAGACAUAUGGCAAGUUUUGUGGGCAGCACACCCAGUCUGUAAACUACUUCAAAGACCUUUAUACCAAGGAUAAGCGUUUUCAAGCCUUUGUAAAGAAGAAGAUGAGCAGCUCAGUGGUGAGAAGGCUUGGAAUCCCAGAGUGCAUUUUGCUUGUGACCCAGCGCAUCACCAAGUACCCAGUUCUAUUCCAGAGAAUGUUGCAGUAUACCAAAGACAAUGAAGUGGAGGAGGAAGAUUUAGCCCAGUCCUUGAGUCUGGUGAAGGAUGUGAUUGGAGCUGUAGACAGCAAAGUGGCAAGUUAUGAGAAGAAAGUGCGUCUCAUUGAAAUUUAUACGAAGACAGAUAGCAAGUCGAUCAUGAGGAUGAAGAGUGGUCAGAUGUUUGCGAAGGAGGAUUUGAAACGGAAGAAGCUUGUGCGGGACGGGAGUGUAUUUCUGAAGAACAUGGCUGGAAGGUUGAAAGAGGUUCAAGCAGUUCUGCUCACUGAUAUUUUAGUUUUCCUUCAAGAAAAAGACCAGAAGUACGUCUUUGCGUCAUUGGACCAGAAAUCAACAGUGAUCUCUUUAAAGAAGCUGAUUGUAAGAGAAGUGGCCCAUGAGGAGAAAGGCUUAUUCCUGAUUAGUAUGGGGAUGAAAGACCCCGAGAUGGUCGAAGUCCACGCCAGCUCCAAGGAGGAGCGGAACAGCUGGAUUCACAUCAUCCAGGACACGAUGGCCGCCCUGAACAGAGAUGAAGACGAAGGAAUCCCUAGUGAGAAUGAGGAGGAAAAGAAAAUGUUGGACACCAAAGCCCGGGAAUUAAAAGAACAACUUCAGCAAAAGGACCAGCAGAUCCUACACUUACUGGAAGAGAAGGAGACAAUUUUCCGGGACAUGACAGAGUGCAGCACCCCGUUGCCAGAGGAUUGCUCCCCAACACACAGCUCUAGGAUCCUCUUCCGGUCCAACACAGAAGAGGCUCCCAAAGGAGGACCUUUAAUGAAAAGUGCAAUCAAUGAGGUGGAGAUCCUUCAGGGUUUGGUGAGCGGAAGCCUGGGAGGAACAAUGGGGCCAGCAAUCAGCAGCCCAAUUGAGCAAGAAGGCAUGGUCGGCCCUGUUUCCUUGCCCCGGAGAGCAGAGACCUUUGGAGGAUUUGACUGCCAUCAGAUGAAUGCUUCCAAAGGAGGAGAGAAGGAAGAAGAAGAUGGCCAAGAUCUUAGGAGGACAGAAUCGGAUAGUGGCCUGAAGAAGGGUGGUAACGCUAACCUGGGCUUUAUGCUUAAAAGAAACAGUGAGGUCAUCCAGAGCAUUGUUCACCUCCACGAAAUUCUGAGCACUUUGCAGGGUGUGGUGUUGCAGCAGGACAGCUACAUCGAGGACCAGAAGCUGAUGCUGAGUGAGCGCGUGCUCACACGGAGCUCCUCCCGCCCCAGCUCCCUCAUUGAGCAGGAGAAGCAGCGCAGCCUGGAGAAGCAGCGGCAGGAUCUGGCCAACCUGCAGAAGCAGCAGGCCCAGCACCUAGAGGAGAAACGCAGGCGCGAGCGGGAGUGGGAAGCCCGUGAGAGGGAGCUGCAGGAGCGCGAGGCCCGGCUGGCCCAGUGGGAGGAGAAGGUGCAGCGUGGGCAGCAGGAUUUAGAGAACGACCUCAGGGAGCUCCAGCAGAAGAAGGACACAUACCAGUAUGACCUGGAGAGGCUGCGUGCGGCCCAGAAACAGCUCGAGAGAGAGCAGGAGCAAAUGAAGAGAGACACGGAGCGCCUCAGCCAAAGGCAGAUAGAACGGGACAUCUCUCAGGUCUCAUGUCAGCAUACCAAGGUGAUGAGGAUCCCGUCCUUCUUCCCCAAUCCUGAGGAGUCCCCUCUGCCUUCUGCACCUUCAAUAGCCAAAUCAGGGUCACUGGACUCCGAACUUUCAGUGUCCCCAAAAAGGAACAGCCUCUCUCGGACACACAAAGAUAAAGCUUUUCACAUACUGAGUUCAGCCAGCCAGACAAGUAAAGUACCCGAGGGGCCAAGCCAGACUGCAGUGUCCACCUCCACCUCCACCCGCCUGUUUGGGUUAUCUAAGCCAAAGGAGAAGAAGGAAAAGAAGAAGAAGAGCAAAGGGAGCCGUUCUCAGCCUGGUGAUGGCCCUGCAUCUGAAGUACCAGCAGAGGGUGAAGAGAUCUUCUGCUGAGCUGCCUCCUCUCUGCUGAGGCGGCCACCUCCUGCUCUGUGGUCACCAGCUCCCUCCCCGCGGUCCCUGCGUGUGCCGGCCUCUUAUGUGUACACCUACCCAUCUCCAGCAGCAAGUCUUUCUGUGCUGCCACGUCCUGGAUAAGAAGGAGCAAAGGGGCUGGAGUGUCCGAUGGAGGCGGAGGCCCAGACAGUGCUUUGGCUGUGAUCUGAGACUGCCAGGGGCUCAACGGUGGAGGCUGACUGUAUUAAGGAUGUGAACACUGAAAGUACUGACCCCCAAAGUACUGGUGAUGGUUUUGGAUACAUCAGGAAUGGCUACUCCUAAAGCCUACAAGAGUGUUUUCCAGUGAGGUCUAAACCUCUGACACUCUUUCAUUUUGGGGGACACAAUCAAAAUGAAGCCGUUUGGACUUCCCCUGUACAUGUACAGUGACCAGUUUGCCAUAUACAUGGGGCUUAUCCGAGUUACACACAGUCUGCACCAGACAGCCUCGCUCCACCCAAGGGGACAGCCUGCCACCAAGUCAGGUGGCGUGCGGCUGCUAAGGAUUGUUAAGGAUUUCACACAGUAGUUCUCAGAGUCUGGUUUCCCUUUAAGCCCUCCCAGGGCACACUUUACCCCUUCUUAUGCACGUAUUUCCCAUUUCAUUUUAGCGGGGAGGACAAAUAUUUGUGAAAGCCCCUGAGAAAAGACUUGGUGUGUGUAAGAAGCAUAAGAGCUGCACCACCUUGAUCUUGGCGUUUCAGGCAAGUAUCUAAUCUCAUCAUCAAAUCCAGAAGAAAUCAUGUAUUGGCUUACCAAGAUUUUUCCCACAUAUUCUGGGCACAGAUGAGGUAGAAGUUUGAUACUUUGUGGUUGUCACUGACCAUUCAGAAGUGGCCACGGCCUUUUGCCAGUCUUCCUUAGCCCCAUCAUAAUCCCCCACAGGCUUUCACUGUGGGGGCACACCCCAUUGGCACACCUCUGGUCCGGUGCCUCCCUAGCCUGGCUGGCCCAGCUCCUGAUGUUCCCACCCCUGUACCAGGACGAGUGGCUGAGAAGUAGGUCUAGGCGAAGGUGUUACACCUUGUGUACAGGGUUUCCACCAGCACAGAUCAAGAGAGGAGCUGGCCCAGAAGGUGGGGCUGGGGUAAGUUCUCGUUCUUCUUCAGGAGGCCGUGGCAAAUUGGCUUUUUAUAUACAAUUUAAAAACUCUAAAGGUCUGCUGAUAAUUAGUUGUACCCUACCCCUGCCUGUUUAUUUUUGGGUUUUUUCUUUUUCUCUUCUCCCUCUUUCCACUGUGUUUUGGUCUUUAUUUGCUUGAGGCUCCUCACCAGUUCGUAUGGGCAGGCCAGAUCAUUGGUAACGUUCUCUUACUAGCAACAGCAGCCUCUGAGAGCCCCUCUUCCUGCCGCACGGGGUGCUCCCAUGAGGGGAGAUCCUGGGAAAUUGUGCUUCAGUUGUGGCCUUUGACUCCUGUGUUUUGCCCCUCAGGCACAUGGGGCUUUGAACCAUACGUUUAAAAAACAAACAAAAAAAAUCUGUAACAUGGUGCUUGUUGAUGAAUUGCAAGCUGGCCUUGCAGAUGGAGAUAUUUAUCUUUCAGUUUAUUUGAAAGGGGUCUGGUUUAAAAUUUUUAGCGUAGAUUUGUUUUAUUUAUUUUGUGUGUGUGUUGUUUUCAGUAUAAUCAUACUAGCCCAACGGUUUAGACUGUCUGAUCAGUGCAGACCGAGGUCGCAGCCAGCACCCCUUCCUCCUCAGUGACUUUCCAAGUGCCUUGAAGGCCCAGAUGAGAAGGAAGGAGAAGGGCUAGGGGAGGGGUUCAUUCCCUUUCCCCCGUCCCACCCCACCUCAUUCUUUUAUCAAGGGAUGUCUUCUUCCUUGUUUGAGAAUUCAAGAAACUUGCCACCUGUGAGUUACAUUUGCCUGUUUUGUCAUGGAGGUUUCUUUCCCGUGAGAAAUAGACUUAAAAACAAAAUCAUCUGAUUUUCUAUUGGAACCACGUGAUACACCCAUUGCCCCCCUUCAAGACCCUAAACAGCAAAAAGUUAAGUUGCUUCCUUCCACCACUCCCUACAACUCCAGGAUACAUCCUGUGCCUGUCAUGGCUUCCCUUUGCUCCACCCCAGAGCCUAGCUGUGUUCUGUCACUUUCCCAGGCGUUCCCGCCUGGGACUCAUGGGCCCGUUGCCAGUACAGCUGCGGGAAGGGCAGUAUUGAAUCAGACUGGCGUGUCGCCUUCCUGUGCAGGCACGGGGUGGCUGACCCUGUUGUCCAGGUUUUACACCAGUGAGGAGUUAGCACUGACGAGUGCUGCUUUCACGCCGACUCUUCACGGAAGCACUGUGGAGAUUUUCCACAGAAGCCGCACAGCUCCGUGUGGACUUUAGAGUGUCUUUUACUCCCAACUACUAUCAUGUGUAAUUUGUUUGGGCAGUGGUUUUUAAAAAUGGAGAUAUCACCUCCACCCAUACCCCACUAACUUAAAACCAUUUGGUCAGGUUGGACAAGCUUAGAAUCAGAAACCUUCUGCAUUUGCCCAAGCUGCAAUCAGGAAUCUAGUCUGCGGUGGAAAAGAGUGGCUUUACUCAAACUGCGCUUUUGUGUCGUGAAAGUGUCAUCUCUCUGUGUCAUCUCUCUCCUCUGGAACUAAACCCGAUGGGAUUGCAUUGUCGUGUUUGGGGAAUUACCUGGGAUUGUUGCUGCUUGUGACCUUGAGGCCUAUGCUGGUUACUGAGUCUACAGCCCUGUCUACCCUUCUGUCCUGUGAAAAGGGGUGGUUGUCUGGGUUGUGACUCAGAUCAAAUUCCCCAGUGUCUUUCUCCACCAAGCUGGAGAAAUCAGAUUCCUGAAACUGCACUGAAGUUUUGGGGGGUAGUUAGUGACACUCUCCGUAGUCCUAGAAUCUAGCAAACCCCAUAGAAGGAGCUGCAUCUUCCUUCAAAUCAGAUCAUCUCCAUGUUUCAUCCCAGGGGUGAUAUGUGCACUUUACUUGCUCUCGUCAGUUGGCAUCAUUUCUGAGACAAUCAGGCAUACUGUUUUCCUCUUUGAAAGUGGAGAGGGUUAAGAACAAGCAGAUUGCAUAGGUAACUCAACCUUUGCCAACAUUCCAUCCUACCCCAUAAGAGUUCUCUGUGGGAAAGAAAUCCCUAUUAAGAUUUUUUUUUUAAGGUACGAAUCUUACCUUUCCUCCCCCGCCCCACCCUCUUAUGUCUCAGGGUGAUACCACUAAAAUUUUCCCUCAGCUGAUUCUUUUCCUUUUUGUUAUUUCCCAAGGCCUCAGUAUUAGUGGUAAGCACAGAUUUUUGAGACUCUUAGGGUUUUGUCUGUACCUUUACUUGAGGGGACAGGUAUUACCGUAUAGGGGUUUAACAGAAUAGGCCCUUCCUUAAAAGCAGGGUGGAACCGUAACCUUACAGGCCAGAAGUUUCUAUCCAUCAAAGUGCUUUAUAUUCCACUCUUUUGUCUCUAAGAUUUUUUUUUCACAUAGCCAGUUCUUUCUUCCCAAGGACUUAGUACUUGCAUGGGAGCAGAAGUGUCCUCUGACAUUGUGGUGUGGCCAGCUGUGUCCCAAGGAUAGUCAAGCCCAGCUUUGUAGCCAAGGCAGUCCUAAGGAGAGGGUGGCUGUGCAGUGACAGAAGACAGUGCAGAAGAAUAUCUGACCCCGCAUGCUUGGACUUCUGUGAAGGUGGAAGCCCAGAAAACCCCUGUAGAUGAAACGGUCGUGAUGGCCAGCGGAGAGCUGGGCACCUCGCCAUCCUCCAGCAGGGCCACUUGGACAUACAUCUGCUGAGGUCCUGGGGGUCGUGUCUCAGCCUUGCACUGGUGCCCUGAUGCAGCCUAAGAGACAAGAAGGCAACGAGUUUGUUCUGGUUUGGUUCUGAAUGUUUUUUUUCAAUGUAGCAUAACAUUCCUAGUUAACCAGAGUCUUGGAAUCUACUGCCUGCUGGCCAGGUUUUUAAAAUGAAAAGUAUUUUAAUGCUACCAUUAAAAAAAAAAAAAAAGAGGAAGCGAAAACAAAGGCAUCUUUCCAUGUCCUUAUCUAAUUUACUUUGUCACAAGAUUGACAGGCCAUGAGUUAGUUCUCCAUCUCGCUAAGGUUGAAAGAUGGGCAGACCCCACUGGCUAAGAGCUCUCCUGCCAAAUGCAUUGCAACCUGUUCUAGAAAUCCACGCUGAAGCCCAGUCUGCGCUGUGGGCUCCUGAGCACGGAACUCAUAGCGAAGCAGAGGGCACCUGCCACACCCUGGCUUAGGCGGAAAGUAAGCGCAGCACUCCUUCACUCCAAGAUCUUCCCCCGGCUCAGCCUUCCCUGUGCCUCUGCGACCAUCCGUCAGGGACGUAUGUGCUCAGUGAACUUGCCUGUGGCGGAAGUUUAGCCUCAUGGUUUCCUGUGUUUUGCAUAACCCAUGUGGGGUGCACUUGGUGUCAGACGCUAGGACGUGCAGGAGGGUGAUUGUACACCUCAUACCUCUGCUUUCAUUUUUUGUUUUCAAAUGCUAGACGAACAUUUCUGUGCUAAAUUCUAUUAAAAAAUGGGUUAAAACCCACAUGCUGUAUAUUAAUUUGUAAUUAUGUACAAAGUGAAGCAGUUUUAAACUGUAAAGAUUUUUUUCAGUGUGUUUUCUGGAAUUUUGCCACAACAUACUGGCUUUGUAUUUUAUUUAUCUUCCUUUCUAGGUAUCAGCUUCAAACUCUUGUAAAGUCCCCCUCAACCCGUUCAAAAAAAAUAAUAAAAUUCCUUUUAAGUCUUGAUCGUUGCUGUGAUUUAUUCUUGUCCCUGUGGACUUCUUGAGAGAUUCUCAAGAUAUUUUGGGUUUGUGGAAAAGUGAUGUCGUCGUCCCCCCCCCCCUUAAUUCUAAGGGGAACCUUCUCUCCAACGCAGCCUCCAUUAAGAAAAUGUUGAUUUCUGUACAUGUAGGAAGAGAAGUUUCCCCGGGGGCUCCUAGGAAUAGUCUUAAUCCACCUUGGAGUCUGGACCCCAAACCCUGAGGCUGAUUGAUUUUCCGGAAGUCACGGGAUUUUUGCGGAAUCAGAACUAUUUGCAGAUAACUCUGUGCAGGGGUUCACUUUGCUGUAGAUGGUACUGUGUAAGAAAGGUUAAUAAUGUUUGUUUUUCUUUGUCAACUUUCUGCCCUACUCCACCACCAAACAAGUCCAACUGCCGAAAGCUAAUUCAGGAAGCAAAGCCCUGUUUGCAGGUAACUCCAUGAGGAUGGACUGGGCCUGAUCUCACUUGGGUCUGCUGGAGAACUGAAAUACACAGGACAGUGAUUGUGACCUGCCUCCAGGAGCUGUGGCACUUUCUCCUAAAUUGCCUACUUCCUGUUUCUCUGUGUCUGCCUUUACUGUGCCUAGAAAGAAAGACCCUUAAAUCCAGCUGGACGUUGGAGAGUCGUGCAGCGUGGUGUAACACAAAGAACAUAGGCAAAGCCGGGAUCCAGUCCCAGGUCCCUGCUCCCCCCACCCCACCCCCAGCUACCCAAAAGAAGAAAGGCUUUCCACAGUGCCAAGUCUUCCCUUUUUCUGUAAACUGAGAAGUGCACACAUUUCUUCCCAGAGCCUUUUGUAGUCCUGGCAAUAGCUGCCUCCCCGGGAGCCAGAGAAACUGGUCUCUCUUCACCCACUCACUGCCUUCGUGGCCACUGCAGCUUCGGCAGCCCCUACGCAUCUGAAUAGCCCCGCCUGUCCUGGCUCAGGGUGACACCUGCCCCCCCCCCCCCCGCCCCUGACACACCCUUGGCAGGGCAAGAGGAGUAAUUCCUGUGGCCUCUCUCCUUGACUCCUGCUGUAGUUGAUUCUGAGCCAGGGGCAGGGGAGCUGCUGUCUGGAAGGCCUGAAGAGCCAGAAGGUUCCAUCCUUCUCUUCCAAAAGAAGAGAAGGCACAAAGCACGGACGGCUCCAAGAGUCCUAGACGCCAUUCAUGGGCACAUUGAGCUCUGCUGGCUCCUGAGGGAAACUUGUAUUCAGAGCCCGGGAUGCCCACAAAACCGACCAGGUGGUUUAUGUAAAAUGGCCACUUUCUGUUGGAGGUGCCCACCCCGCGCACCCUCAGGGAGAGCCUGUGGCCUGUGGCAGCCACCUAUAAACUGGCUUAGGUGGGUCUGCAGCAAAAGCUGUGCCGAAAGAGCUGCAGGUAAUAGUCUGACAAGAUAGAGAUCCAAACCAGGAUACGGGGAGAAAACCAGGAAGCUGCGAAGACAGGCCAGGCAAGGGCUUGCAGAGCAGGAAAGAAAUGAAGGCUGAGUUACCUUCUUGGAUGUGGAACCCAGGAGGGCUGAGCUGCCAAAAAGGCAGUUGUUGUCCAGCCUACUCCGACUUACGGCGACUCCAUGUGUCCAGAGCAGAGCUGUGCUCCAUGUCGUUUUCAGUGGCUGAUUUUUCUGAAGUAGAUCCCAGGCCUUUCUUCCAAAGUGCCUCUGGGUGGACUCAAACGGCCAGUCUUUUGACUGCAGCACGUUAACCAUUUGCACCACCCCAGGGACUGCCAAACUGAGCUACAGAGUAUUCGAAAUAAGAUGAGGAACUCUUUCCACUGAGUAGACCUGUCCCCUCCCACUAGCGUGUCCUGAGGACUCUCCUUCACUCCCACCACAGUUCUUUGGAGAUUCCUUUGCCCUCAAAACCCUCCCCCUUUCUUCAGGUGCUUAGCCUCAGGGUUCCAGCCCUGCCCCCGGAGGGUGUCCCUGAGGCCUGAGAGGAGUUGCAUGGGGGAAAGGGAGUUAGGAUUUGGGAAGAAGUGGUGUGCCCCAGAUUUUGGGAAUGUGGGUCACAGAGCCCCACUGCCUUCCCUGUCUGCGCUAGUGCGGGGACCCACGUCCUCCCCCCACCCCCACACAGUCCCCAGCAGUGUUUUGUAUCCCAGUUACAGCUUUGCCUCUUCCCCAGGCCCUUGCCUGGCCUCCCUCUUUCACAUGCUAAUUGCUUGCUCAACACAGCUAUUAAUAGUAUAGCUGAAGUUUGGGCAGCUCUCUCCAGGCGCCUUUGUGAAACUUUCCUUCAUCCUGGGAAACGCCUGGACCCAUCCAGGGGUGGGGACCCAGGUCAGCCCGUGGGGGAGAAUUGCCGUGGGGGAGGGGGCCUCCUGAAAUGGCUGCGUGAAAUGCACCAGCUAAGAGCCAGCCGCUUUUCUCCCCUUACCUCCCUCAGCUCCCCCUUCCCUUCCAAUGGCCCUGAACUCACUCCUCCACAGCCGUCCAGCCCCGCUUCAGAGUUGGAGCUGGCCGGUCGCCUGGACGCCCUUGCGUCUUCGCUAGCCUGGCCUUGGGGCACCGGUCAUCUGACACAAUGCUUCCUGCACCAACCUGGCUGGCGCGUGAGGACCUGGGCGGGGGGCAGGACAGGGUCCCACCCUGCCUGGGAGGACUGUGGACAAAGGCAGAGGAAGCGCAGGGGAGCAAGAGAGCGAGCCCAGGCUCUGGACCAGAGAGCCUGAGCCCACACUCCAUCCUGCCUUGUCAUAGCUGAGCAACUUCGGACAAGCUGCUUAACCUCUCUGUGUCUACUCUCCCUCUUUCAGAAGGCAAUGGCACUAUCCACCUUGCGGAUUAGGUGUGGUGAGAUGAGGAAUAUUCACUGCUGGAGACAGGGCCGGCAAACAUUUCUUAAAGCACGCUAGCUGCAGGAGCAGCCUGUCACAGCUGUACGUUGUUUGUUGUUAGCUGCUGUUGAGUGGGCCAACUCCUGGCCACCGGCUGCAUACUGGAGGGAAACACCGCCCAGUCCUGCACCAUCCGCAUGAUUGGCCGUGGAUGGGACCCUUAGAUUCAUAGAGUUUUCACUGGCUGAUUUUCCUAAGUAGAUCUCGAGGCCUUUGCUCCUAGUCCCUCUUAGUCGGAAAGCUCCACUGAAAGCUGUUCAGCAUCAUAGUAAAACACAAGCCUCCACCGACCGGCGGGCGGUGGCUGCUCCUAAGGUGCGUUGGCCGAACCGGGUCUCCCAUGUGGUAGGUGAGGGUUCUACCCCAGAACGUGGCCAGGCCCAGGCCACACCUGAGACAGAUAUAUCAGAAUCUUUGGGCCGGGGCCCAGGCAUCCGGACUUUUAGUGCUCCCAGGUGGUUCUGGUACGCAGCUGAGGUUGGAUGAUGCUUCUCUCCCAGCCCCUGACCCAGAGCUUCCCCUUACAUGGAGCCAGCUUGGUGUCUGAUGAAAGCUUGAGUUUUGUAGACCCAGGGCUCCAGGUCUGAAGGAUGACCUCUCUCUCCUUGGGGCUUUGAGUCCCACUGGCAGCCACCAAGCAGCAAAGUCAACAUGAGGGAGAAGGGGACAGAAGCAGUGCCCAAGGGAGAUGCACAGCCAAAGAGGGACUGGGCGGGGUUUGAGGAAACAAUCCAGGGACCUCCAGAAGCAAGAAGACAGGGGCACCCAUCCCACUCUGGUUGGGCUGGGCCAAUCUUUGCUAGCCCAAGCAUUGCCUGCAAGUCCCAGAUUCUGGUGCCAAUGUCUAGCCAAAUUUCUCCCCAGGAUGCCAGACCAUCACCUCCCCAGCUCCAGCUGCACCUGCCCUUUCAUGCCCACAUCCGCUCCCAUCCACCUGUUCUCCCAGACUAGUAUCAGCCACUCCUCUGCAAGGUAUGGUCUUAAUGUUCAGCAUGUUUGUUAACAUUGUAAUUCGUGUCCCCUGAAGAACACCUGGGAAACACUGGGAUUUAUUUUUAAAACAUUUUUAAACACCUAUAAUCCCAUCCCAAAUCAAAACCAAACCCAUUGCCACUGAAUUGAUGCCAACUGAGAGCGACCCUGUAGGACAGACUAGAGCUGCCCCCUAGGAUUUCCAAGGCUGUUUUUAAUCUUUAUAGAAGCAGACUGCCACAUCUUUCUCCCCAUGGAGCUGCUGGUGGGUUUAAAUCCUCAACCUUUUGGUUAGUAUCUGAGCAUGUUAACCACUGUGCCACCAGGGCUUCCUAUAAUCCCAUCACCCAGAACAAACUAUCAAUUAAUAUUUCAUUCUUGUUGUUAGGUGCCAUCAAGUUAGUUUUCGACUCAUAGCGACCGACCCUAUGUACAACACGAGACAUUGUCUAGUUCUAUGCCAUCCUCACAAUCAUUGCUGUAUUUAAGCCCAUUGUUGCAGCCACUGUGUCAAUCCACCUAUUAGAGGGCCUUUUUCACUGAUCCUCUACAUUACGAAGCACGAUGUCCUUCUCCAGGGACAGGUCCCUCCUGAUAGCAUGUCCAAAGUAGGUGAGGCGAAGUCUUGCCAUCCUGGCUUCUAAGGAGCAUUCUGGCUGUACUUCUUCCCAGAUGGAUUUGUUCAUUUUAUUAGCAUUUCAUUAACAUCCCCAAUGUUUUCUGUGUACACAUUUUUUUUAAAAAAAAACAAGUUAAGGUCAUGUUCUACGUAGAGAUUUAUGUCAUACUCCAUUUCACAUUUUGUCACAAACGGUGGGUGCUUAUAUAUUCCACUUUAUAGAUAUACUAUUGUUGGGAACUUAGGUGUUUAAAAUUUUUCCCUCCUGCAAAUAACAUACAGGCUAUAUGUGUAUGUGUUUACUCUUUUUUUUAAUUGUGGUAAAAUAUACACAACAUAAAAUUUGCCACUUUAACCAUUUCACAGCGCCCUGGUGGCACAGUAGUUAAGCAUUCAGCUUCUAACCAAAAUGUCAGUAGUUUGAAUCCACCAGCCGCUUCCCAGAAACCCUAUGGGGCAGUUCUACUCUGUCCUAUAGGGUCGCUAUGAGUCGGAAUCAACUCGGUGGCAAUGGAUUAACCAUUUUAAGCAUACAAUUCAGUGGUAUUAAUCACAUUCAGCCUAUGACAGAAACUAACAUUAAGCCAUAACUCUCAAUUUACCCCUCUACCCAGCCCAUGGUAACCACUAAUCUUCUGUCGCUAUGCAUUUGUCUACUCUAGAUAUUUCAUAUAAAUAGGAUCAUACAAUAUAUGUCCUUUGAUGUCAGAUUAUUUCACUUAGCACCAUUGUGGGGUUUAGAAUUUAACCUUACCCAAAGAAUUUGGUCUUUGCCCUUGCCCUAAAACCUUAGAAUUUCCCUAAUGGUUUAAGUGUCCUUGAUAAGGACUCCAGACCUGACAGGUGAUUCCUGAGAGGCAAUUCUGGGUCGGGGAGAAGGGGGGCUGGCCAGGCCACAGUGACUUGUGAUGAUCAUCUCAUCAUGACAUGGCCAGGAAAACCCACCUCGUGAUCACCUUGGGAUAUCAACUGAUCUCAGGGCAUAAGGGCUGAAGUUGGCAUUAUAUAAUGAGACCCCCAAUUAAAGCUCUGGACACUGAAUCUCCAAGAGCUUCCUGGUUGGCAAAAAAACAUCGACUCGGGAGGGUGAUGUAUCCUCUUUGGGACAUGGAAGCGUCACAGUUGGGAACCCUCCCAGACCUCACCCUAUGUGUCCAUUCUUUAUGCCAAUCCUGCUUUGCAGUCUUCAUAAUAAAGCUAUAAUUGUAAAUGUAGCACUUUCUAUGAGUUUUGUGAGUCAUUCUAGAAAAUUAUCAAAACCAAGAGAGUAGUGACAGCCAGCAGGUCAGAGGUGAAGGAGGGCCUAGGGACACCAGAGCUUGCAGCUGGUAUCCUGAGAGGGCAGAAAACCAAACCAAACCUGUUGCUGUUGAAUCGGCUUCAACUCACAGCAACCCUGUAGGACAGAAUAGAACUGCCCCAUAGGGUUUCCCAGGAGCGCCUGGUGGAUUUGAACUGUUGACCCUUUGGUUAGCAGCCAUAGUGCUUAACCCCUACACCACCAGGGUUUCCUGAGAGGGUAGAAGGAAUCCUGAAUUUGCAGCCAGCGGGUCAGAAGUGAGGGAUGCUCUUAUAAUUGGCGUCCUGAAGGGGUAUUGGGAAAACCCCAAACUCGGAACCAGCAGGUUAUAAGUGAGGGUAUCAUGGGGGCCCCCAAGUUUGCAGCUGAUAGCUAAAGUCUUGGGCCUGUCUGGCAUUCUGGAAGACUGUCUGCUUUCACCUGAGAGCUCUGACCUAGCCCCAGGCAGUCAGAGUCCGAGGAAGAAGUGCUACAUGGGCAGCUGGUACUAGAACUGAACAGAGAAGUGAAAGAUGGGCAUUUUGAUUAUUAUCCUAUCCAAUUAUUUUUUAUAACGGUUAUCAAAAAGUGGAUUUGACUGAUCAACAUAAUCAUACACAGCUAGUUUUAUAACAUUCAUCUUUUUCUUUAUUUCAAAGUAAUGCAUGCUUAUUACAGGAAAUGUAGAAACUAUCAGUAAAUAGAAUAAAUAAAUAAAAAUCAGCCAUAGUAGGAACUUCUGCAUUUAGCCAAGAUGGUGUAAUAUGCACUGAAUUUACCCUCCCACAUAAAACAACAAAAAAAUCAGACUAAAUACAUAAAAACAACAGUUUUUAAAGCACUGGACAGCAGACAGCAAAGUACAGUACUCCCUGAGAAGUUGAGGGGAGCCUUCUGAGUGACACAGGCUUUGCCAUUGCUCUAAAAGUGUUUCCAGGCUUCUGUGAAGGAAGAAAACCUAGACAGAACCUGGAAGACUUCCCAGGUUGAGGACAUGGAGCUGAGAGUUAGGGGAGACAAAGCUAGCUAGACUUGGCAGAACAGUUGAGGAGAGGACAGAGCGCAUAUAAAGAGAAUUCCAGAGAUCUUCAGGUCUUCCUUAAGUAUUCAUCAGAAAACUGAUUAGCACAUGAGUGUGAGGAAAGUACCUUUCAGUUAGCAGCUGAGUGCUUAACCAUUGUGCCACCAUGGCUCCUUCUUUCCCUAGUAAUGGGGAAUAAUUAGACCUAGAUGGGGCACUGUUCCAAUCUUGCCUCACAAAUCUUAAAAAGCAAAACCUGAAAGGAUCAAAGUGUUUCCAAGUAUCUUAAUAGCAUCUCAGAACAAAUCUCAAUUAUAUUUACAGGAAUACAAAAAUAUCCAGCACCUGACAAAGUAAAAUUCACAAUGUCUGACAUCUACUAAAAAAUUGCCAGGCAUACAAAGAAACGAGAUAUGACUCAUAGUGAGGAUAAAAACAAAUCAAGAAACACCUAUCAUUUGGAAUAGACUGAGGGCAGACACAGAUAGAAUUAGCAGGCAAGGACAUUAGAAGUCAUUAUAACUGUGCUUCAUAUGUUCAAAAUGUUAAUUAGAAGCAUGAAAAAUAUUUUCUUAAAAAGUUCUAUGGAUAAAAACUACAAUGUUUGAGAUGAAAAAUAUACUGAAUUGGAUUAACAACAAAGAGACUAGUGAGUCUGAGGUCAUGGUAAUAGAAACUAUGCAAAAUAAAACAGAAAAUUAAAAUUAACAGAGCGUCAAUGAGAUGUGGGACAACUUCAAGCAUCCUACUAUAUUUGUAAUUGGGAGUCCCAGAAAGGGGAAAGGGGCCCAAAAAAAAUCUGAAAAAAUAAUAGCAUUCAGACUGGUAAGGAAUAAAACUAUUUCUAUUUUCUAUUUCUAGACAAGGCGUUCUUGUAUAAAUAAAAUUCUAAGGAAUCCACUAAAAACUACUAGAAAUAAUAAAUGAAUUCAACAGAGUUGUAGGGUACACGAUCAAUACAAAAAAUUAAUUGUAUUGUUAUACAGUAGCACUGAACAGCCUGAAAAUAAAAUUAAGGAAAAAAUGCCAGUUACAGAAGCUUCAAAAAAUAAAUAAUUAGGAAUAAAUUUAACAAAAGAAGUGAAAAACUUACACUCUAAAAACUAAAAACCAUUGCUGAAAGAAGUUAAAGAAGACCUAAAUAAAUGAAGAUACCCCAUGUUCAUGGAUCAUAAGACUUAACACAGUUAAGAUAGCAACAUAAUCCUUAUCAAAAUCCCACUACCUUCUUUGCAAAAAUUGACAAGCUGGAACAUGGCACUAUAGACAGAAGCAUAAUGCUGUCCCUCUGCAGCAAAGACCCAAAAAACUAAGUAAAACAGAUACAAACAUCAAUCCUAGAAACCUAAGCAACAAAUGAAGGGGUAAAAAACUUGAACAAGCACCAAAUGGAAUAAGAAACUAACAGAGAACAGAGAAUGAGGGGAGCCAUGGUGUAGAGAUUCCCUACUAGCUAACGUGGUAUGGAUUCACCAUCUUGGACUACAGCCACCAAGUAGUGCAGACAGCAAAUACGGGGAGGCAACUACAUGGAGCUCAUAGCAGGAGACACAGCACCCAAUCCGUACAUCACAUCCUCUCCCUUCCCUCCUGCCUAUCUGCACUGCACACUGAGCACCACACCCCCAAGCAGCACUGGCACGGACCCCCAAACCCUACCCCACACUGCCGCCCAGCCCCACCCUACCAGCUCCAGUUCAUGUCACAAACAACCCAUCCCCACUCCCCUUGCCUCCCGAUGGACCCGCCCUGCUGCACCAUAGCUGAGCAACCCAGCCAGCCCUGCUCACCUGGACAAGGUGGUGAGAAGUAUCAUGGUCACAGACAAGCAAGCCACAAAACACUCCCAGCCUGCCUAUCCAAACAUAACCAGAUAAAACAAAAAAACAAGACCAAACAAACGAAUCUACAAUCAAUAAAUGAAGAAAAUAAUUCCCAAAAGUCCCAUAAACAGCAGACAAUAUCAAAACAUAUUAAAAAAAAAACAGGACA